AUGGACUACUUUAGACGUAAAUUCACCUACUGGAAACGAAUGGGUGUACCUGGGCCCAACCUUUUCCAAUACAAAAGCUUAAUCCAUGUGCACCACGACUUUACCCUGGAUCAAGUGACACAAUACGGAAAACUGUAUGGAAGUUACACAAUGGCAGCUCAGAAACUGAUCGUGGUCUGUGAGCCCGACCUACUCCGAGACAUACUGGUCAAGGACUCCCACCUAUUCACCGAUCGCCGCCAUUUUCACCUGGGUUCAUCCAAAAUAACCAAAAGUCUGUUUUUUGUGCCUGGUGAUGAUGACUGGAAACGCCAGAGACAUAUACUGUCGCCGGUGUUCACAUCGCGUAAACUGCGGGCAAUGAUGGCUCAUAUAUCGGACAUUUCCGAUAAGUUUGUCCACAAUUUAACUGAGUUUGAGAAACAAGGUGACCCGAUAGAUAUACGCAAAUACGUGGGUGCGUUUGCCAUGGAUGUGAUCAGCGCCUGUGCCUAUGGAAUAAACACGGACUCCAUCGACAACCCUAACCAUCCUAUUGUGACAAAUGCUAUGAAAAUACUGAAUACCGACGCCGGUGUGGGAUUCAUGUUAUCGGUAAUGGUGCCUAAAAUUGCUAAAUAUUUAGGGGCCGAACCCUUUGACAUAAAGGCCGUCCAGUAUUUCGAUGAACUCACGAAUCAAAUACUAAAUGAACGGAAAGUUAGCAACAAUUACCUGACGGUUACUAAAACCAAACGUCGCACAGAUUUCAUACAAUUGAUGAUAGACUCGGAAAAGUCGGACAAAGAGUUGGGCUACAGUUCCCACAGCGAUGUAGAGCCGGACGAGUCGACCGAACCCCUGACCAAAAGGCCUACGGGUCAGCUCACACCCGAUGAACUCACAGCACAGGGAAUACUAUUUUUCAUCGCCGGUUACGACACUACCAGUGCCGCCAUAACUCACGCCAUAUACUACUUGUCCCUAAACAAGGACUGUCAGCAAAGUCUUUACGAUGAAUUAAAAACAUGCGAUGAGUUUACAUACGAGAAGCUAGGUCAUUUGAAAUACUUGAAUGCAGUGAUCAAUGAGACCCUACGUCUGGCCCCAUCCCUGACCCGGACGAAUCGGGAAGCCCUACAGGACUACAAACUUGGAAAUACAGGCAUAACUAUACCAAAGGGAACGUCCGUCGAAAUAGUACCCUAUGCUCUGCACCGGCAGCCGGACCUGUGGCCCAACCCUAACGACUUCAUACCCGGCCGGUGGUUAGAGCCCACACACCAUCCCUAUGCGUACCUACCCUUCGGUGGCGGACCCCGUGUUUGUAUUGGACAACGGUUUGCCUUAAAUGAGAUGCGAAUGUGCCUGGCUAAACUCGUUCAUAAAUUUGAAUUUAACCUUGCUGAACCUAAUAAACAGACAAAACUUGAGUUACUUCGACGGAGGUUCACCUACUGGUCGCGCAAAGGUGUACCAGGGCCAAACUUUGUUGAAUACGACGGCUUUUUUACUAUACACCACGAGUACACCCUAAAAGCCAUACAAAAAUACGGUAGGGUUUACGGCUCGUACUCAUUGGUGGGUAAGGCACUGGUGGUGUGCGAUCCCAAUCUGCUCCGGGAUAUAAUGGUCAAGGAUUUUAACGUAUUCCCUGACCACAAACACUUUCACACCGGGUCAUCUAAACUGGAUAAGAGUCUGUUUUUUAUGCCCGGGGAUGACGACUGGAAACGGGUUCGGUCUAUACUGUCGCCGGUGUUCACGUCGGGUAAACUGCGGGCAAUGAUGGCUCACAUAUCGGACAUUUCCGACUCGUUUGUCAAUAAUUUAGGCGAUUAUGAGACAAAAGGUGAGGUGGUAGAUAUGCGCAAAUACAUCGGUGCGUUCGCCAUGGAUGUGAUCAGCGCCUGUGCCUAUGGUAUAAACACAGAGUCCGUCAAAAACACGAGUCAUCCCAUUGUGACCAACGCUAAGAAAAUACUGGGUGUCGACGCCGGAAUCGGUAUACUACUGUCGAUAUUAGCACCCGGGUUAGCCAAACUGCUAAAGUUGGAGCCCUUUGACAUAAAUGCUAUCAACUAUUUCGAUGAACUCACGAAUCAAAUACUGAAAGAGAGAAAAGUUAUCAACAAAUAUAAAGUGACCGAUAAAUGUAAGAUGACCGAAACCAAACGUCGCACAGAUUUCAUACAAUUGAUGAUAGACUCGGAAAAGUCGGCUAAAGAUUUGGGCUAUGAUUCAAACAGCGAUGUAGAGCCGGACGAACCGACUGACCCCCUGUCCAAAAGGCCUACGGGUCAGCUCACAUCCGACGAACUCACGGCUCAGGGAAUCCUAUUUUUCAUCGCUGGUUACGACACUACGAGCGCCGCCCUAUCGCACGCCAUAUACUACUUGUCUGAACAGAAGUCGUGUCAACAAAAACUUUAUGAUGAGUUGAAAUCAUGCGAUGAGUUUACCUACGAGAAGCUUGGUCAUUUCAAGUACUUGAAUGCUGUCAUCAGUGAAACCUUACGUCUGGCCCCAUCUCUAACCCGUGUCCAACGGGAAUGCCUACAGGACUACAAACUCGCAGAUACUGGCAUAACUAUACCAAAGGGCACGUCCAUUGAGAUACUGCCCUACGCUAUACACCGGGACCCGGAGUACUGGCCCAACCCUAACGACUUCAUUCCCGACCGCUUUCUGGAGCCCACACACCAUCCUUAUGCGUACCUACCCUUUGGUGGCGGACCCCGACUAUGCAUUGGACAACGAUUUGCCUUAAAUGAGAUGCGAAUGUGCCUGGCUAAACUCAUUCACAAAUACGAGUUUACCCUUGCUCAGAAACCGCAAAUGGACUACUUUAUCGGCAACAUUCUUAUGUCACCUAAAGAGUUGCUUGUUACGCUAAAGGCUAGGGACUGA